GAACCUUGCAUCGAAACAUUAUCCGCGACACGAGACAAAGAUGGAAGGCAAGCUGAGAGUUCUUGAGGCAGAUCAGCAAUCCUACGAGACGGAUAGUGGAGAGUCUACCGAGACCACUUCACUGUCUCCCUCGAUCACGGGUUAUAUCUUUGAGAAUGGUCGGCGAUAUAACUCAAAAUACCACGAGGGGUACUACGCUUUCCCGAAUGAUGAGAGAGAAAACUCCCGCAUGGAGCUGGUCCACCACGUAUAUACCAGUCUUUUCAACGGAAGGCAAUACUUUGCCCCGCUCAGGAAUCUGAAGCGGGUCCUGGACAUCGGAACAGGGACCGGAAACUGGGCGAUCGACAUGGCAGACACCCACAGGGACACGGCAAUCAUCGGAACGGACAUCUCCCCAAUUCAACCGAGUUGGUCCCCACCGAACCUCAAGUUCGAAAUCGACGACGCAGAGUCCGACUGGAAUUUCGCCAGUGAUUCGUUCGACUAUGUUCAUUUCCGCCAUUUGAUAGGGAGUAUCGCGGAUUGGCCGAGGCUGAUUAAGCAGAGCUACGAUGCCUUAAAACCCGGUGCCUGGAUCGAAGGUCAAGAGUGCUACUUCUACCCUACCAGCGACGACUCCAGUCUGCCAGAGAACUCGGCCUUCAAGCGCUGGCACGACCUCCUCACCGAAGCCUCCAUCAAGGCGAACAGGCGACUACUCACGGCCGCCAAGAUAAGAGGCUGGUUCGUGGACGCCGGGUUCGUAGACGUGGUAGAGACGGUGAUAAGGUUGCCCAACGGAGCGUGGCCGAAGGACCCACGAUUGAAGGAGAUUGGCGGAUACCAGAUGUCCGCCCUAUUGGAUGGGCUGGAUGCUAUAUCGCUCAGCUUGUUCACGCACACACUCGGGUGGAAGAUAGAGGAUGUGAAUUCCUUCCUCACCGAGGUGAAGGUGGACUUGAAGAACAAGAAGAUUCAUAGUUAUUACCCCGUGUCAGUGCUUCCCUUUACCGCCCUAUCUGAAGCUUGUAACACUAGUACUGAUCGUGGGCAGACAUGUGAUCUAUGGGCGAAAACCUCGGUGAUAUUUUUUUCUCUUUUUCUUGUAUAACGAAUCACGACCUGCGCACACUUAAGUAAUGAAUCCUUCCUUCCUUCCUUCCUUCUUCUUGCACGUUUUGGAGGUGAGAUAUCAGCAAGCAUGGUCACUCAACCCCCCUACGCGUGCCGCGGCCAUACAUUGUUACAUUUCUCCGUUCGGCAGCAUGCAUGUGACCAUGCACGCACCCUAUCGUAACUCGCGCUUCCGUCGCGCUUGUGCCGCGUGCGUAGGCGAUGCUAGUGUGGGGGUGGAUGACAUCGACUUAAAAUAAUUUAAGACCAUCAUAAUAUUUAUCACCGAGCAGCGCCUGAGAUAUCAUUACACCCACCGUGAAAACCCCGACAAAAAUCAUGCGAUGCAUGUCCCCUAAGAGGUUCACCUCUACAAGUUACAACAUAUCCGAUUGGUCGACCCCGUUAUGACACCGUGUCCUACCAGACGACUUCCAAUCCACUCGAGUAUGAUAUACGGGAGAAACGGUGCUUCUAGGACGUUUUAAUUGCCCCCUCGCAGUCAGGCGCUGCCGUGCAAUACUCUCAUCCCGCACAACAAUAGAUACGUAUUACAAUCUUUCGAGUGAUCUAUCAUGAUUACUGCGAUCUUUGAGACUCGUGUUAUCAUACUGCGCCGUGCGCAUUUGAACACCAGUAGGGUAAUCAUAUCUCCCAGCAGCUUCUCUCUCUACCGCGCGAGUAAACUGUCACGGUAUAUAUAAAAAAAGUGCAUGCUUAUGACAAGUCGGAGCGAUCAUCCACCGCGGGCUCUGACAUAGCCCGUGGCGAAGAAACACACAUUCAUCGACAUGAGUCAAUGAUGGACUAGGAUGGAGGAUGUGGGGGGGGGGUAAAAGGGGGGGUUUUUGGGGGGUUUAAUUGCCCCCUGCCGCAAGAGGGGGGGCACCCGUGUCAAAUUUUUUUUUCGGGGUCCAAAAAGAGAGAAGGAUUAAAUACUUUUGGGUAGGAUUUAUUUGUUUUAUGGUUUUUCUGAGGACUGAGGUUUUUAUAAUCGCCCGGGGGCAAUUGAAACCCAAGUAGGGGGAAAUCAUUUUCCCAGGAGGUUUUUCUUUUUCCGGGGGGAGGUAAAUGGGCCCGGGAAUUUAUAAAAAAAAGGGCGGGUUUUUGACAAUGGGGAGGGUUCUUCCCCGGGGGUUUUUGAAUAGGCCGGGGGGGAAGAAACACCCAUUUAUGGACUGGAGUUAAGAAGGACUGGGAAAUUGGGGUGGGGGGGGGGGGUACUUUAUGUGGAGAAUAAUAUUAUAGAUAUAAAAAAAGGGGGAGAAACGCGGGAGAAUAGUCGCACCGCAUCGGGCCCCCGACUGUUAAGUUCAAAAAGGGAUGAAUGGAAUGAUGGGGGGGGAUAAUGCAUGUGCCUAUAGAGUAGUUAUGUGCUCGGGAAUGUCACUAAAAGAAGAAGAAAAAUCGGGCGAUUUAAUAAUGUCUGUGAUGGGUAAGUUAUCAUACAAA